CCAUGGUGCCACGCGCGUUCCACAUAUGUGGCUGCCACUACAACAGCCUUCUCCGUGCACUGCCAAAUUCUCACUUGCUCGCAGCUUCCGCUCUAGAGUCGUUGUCCGCUGCGCAGUAUCCCGGUGAUCCUCCGCAAUGGCCAGAACGCGAAAGUCGUCGACAGCGACCAAAAAGACACCCGCGAAGGCCGCGAAAGCACACACGAAUGGUGUUUCGAAACCGAAAGCCGCAGCCCGUAAACCCACCAAGCAUGCAAGCGAGAAGAAACCAAAGGCGAAUGCGCCUACUAUCACAUCGCACCCUCUCACUCGCGCCACAAACACGGCUCCUGUAGACUUCAUCAUCCGCGGCGACGCCGACAAUGCUGCCUUCACGCUUACCGCCUACCGCGGUGAAGGUAUGUGUCUGCUCGCAAUGAACUGGAAGAACGACACCCCUCCUCAAAACUUCGUCGGUUUCGCCAUCGAAUACAUGCCGCCCAACGGCAAGCAAUUCUACGCCUUGCAGAAUCGCAUUGCCUUUCCCAGUAAGGGCGAGCAGAUCAACCCCAACACCCUCUCCAGCCGCUUGUCGCCCAUCCAGAAGUUCCGUUGGAUCCACUUCCCGCAAGACGCUGACACAGAGACCCCGGGCGACUUCACCUACCGCGUGACAGAUGUGUAUAUGGAUGGCCAGGGCAGGCUUAGCUACGGGCAUUACCAGGAAGUAGCCAUUUCGCUAAUCGCCGAGACGUACCCUGGAGAGCUGAACAUCUGCUUCACGCGCGGCUUCAUCUCUUCGCAGGCUUUCAUUGACAAAUUCGGCACGAAUGGCGGUGUCGGGACUAUCUUGCCGACGAGCGCAAACACAAGCAUUUCAUUCGAAUCCACCGAUCCGCAAGAGGAAAAGGCGCUCGAGUGGAUGGGCUUCGAAGCGAGGCGCGUAAUCUUGAGUACGUUGGAUGCCGCCAUUGCCGACACUUCGGCGCAGGUCAAGGUCCUCGCCUACGACUUCAACGAUCCCGAGAUUGUUGACCAACUUGAGCAGCUUGGGAACCGGCUGAAGAUCAUCAUCGAUGACUCCGGAUCCCAUAAACCUGCUACUGCGUCAGAGACGGUAGCAGAGGCAACACUGGUCAAAUCUGCCGGAGCCGACAACGUGCAACGCCAGCACAUGGGCGGCCUGCAGCAUAACAAAGUCAUCAUCGUUGACGGCGACGAGACAAAGAUUGCCAUCGGAGGCUCUACUAACCUCUCAUGGCGUGGUCUGUAUGUCCAGAACAACAACGCCGUCGUCUUGCAGGGCGCCAACAGCGUGAAGGUCUUCAGCGACGCUUUCGACGCUCUCUGGGCUAGUCCGAACAACGUGAGCGGCUCCGACAAUACCCCUUCCGCGGACUGGGUCGAUCUCGGCUUCAGCGAAUUUGACGCUCGAGUAACCUUCUCACCUCACAGCAAAUCCGACGCCAAACCGGCGGAGAUAGGAACGGCUAUAGAUGGCGUGAACUCGAGCCUGUUUUACUCUCUUGCCUUUCUCUACGAGACUAAAGGGAUCAUCCGCGACUCCAUUGAGAAAAGGACGGAUGACAAGUCGAACGACAUCUUCGUGUACGGCAUCUCGGAUAAGACUGUUGGUGGCCUAGACGUCCAGGAGCCUAAUGGCAACCCGCCGGUAGCCUUUCUGGCCGCUCUGAUGCAGGAUAUACCCCAGCCGUUCAAGGAAGAGGCGACUGGAGGUUGUGGCACUCGCCUGCAUCAUAAGUUCAUCGUUCUGGAUUUCAACACGGAGAACGCUUGUGUGUACACCGGCUCGUAUAAUUUCUCCGUGGCGGCGGAUACCAAGAAUGCGGAGAACCUGUUUGUGCUUAGAGACCAGCGGAUUGCCACUAGCUAUGCGGUCGAAGCCGUGUCGAUGUUUGAUCAUUACUCGUUCCGUGAUGCUGAGGCCAAGGCGAAGGAUGAUAAGCCGUUGGAGCUUCAGAUGCCGCCUGGUGAUGGCAGUCAGAGCAAGCCUUGGUGGGAUAAGUACUGGACUAAUCCGACGAAGAAGCGGGACCAGGAGCUGUUUGGGCAGUGAGAGUUUGCGUUCUGCCGGGUUGGGAUGUCUGGGUGGUGAUCUGUAACGAUAUGAUGAGCUUCAAGAGGAGUAUUCCGGAUGC